ACCUUCCAUCCACGACGUCGUCAAAGCGUACAACGACGAACUCGAACUCUAUUCCUCAAUGUUACGACGACUACCUGAUGGCAACCAAAGCUCAACAUUCAACAGGGAGAUGGGAAUGUGCCCAGCAACAACAAAGUGUCUGCUAUCAAGCUCAAGCAAGCAUGACCCUUGAGUUGCCAUUAGCUCAUGACAAAGAUAACCCGUAUCUUGCGCAUCAUUAUAAUGGGAGAAAGGGGGCAGGACCCGAGCCUGCACCAAGUAGCUACACUCACGCAAACUCGGCAUAUUCACCGAAUCAGCCACAACUCCACUAUGCCUCCUCCUCCACCAGCUGACGAACGAUUUGUUCACUGGAAGAUACUGGCCUCUCACGCAAAUCCUACGGCGUCGGAUUGCUCCAC